GAGCUCAGCUCCAACCCUGAAUUCAACAUGGUAUGACAUUGGAGAAGUAUAUUAAGAGGCAUUUACCUCUUUUUCCGCCUUCGUCAUUUGAAAUUCAGUUUUAUAGUUCUCCUACUACCCUUCUUCAAGAUGCGCUUCUUCCAGGUCCUCUCUACUGUGAUGACCUUUAUGAGCGUUGCCCAAUCAUUCGGCUAUGCUCCAGGACCACUAGACACCUCUGGACUCCCGGAGUGUAUGGCACAAUGUAUGCGAAGUAAUGAAGAUUUCUACGAUAUCUCGAAAUCAACAGCCAGAAAGUUCUGUGAAACAAACCUAAAUAGAGUCUCACAAUUUAUAAGGAAUCGUAUCAUUCCUUGCGCCGACCAGGAAUGUCCAAAUGAGCAGUGGCAAACCAUAAAUGGUGGCGUGAUACCUGCGGACGUAGUACGAUAG